AUGAUGAUUUCAAAAACACUUUGCUCUUCAUUUGAAGGUUACUUUGAAGCAAAGAAUACGCGGGUUAGUUUAAAUAGCAAGCGUCCUUGGGGAAGUUGGCGUAAACCUCAGUGCCUACAGUUGACCGGGUUUGGUCUGUCAGUUGGCUGCUCUGAAAUAUAUUUGAAACUCAAAUCUGUAGCAACAUUUAUUCCAGAAUCUGAUCUUGGAAUUUCAGUUACAACAAAACGUGUUUCUUUCAUUUAUGAUUAUUGGAAGUUUUAUUCCAGUGAGUUAGUAUCAGUCUGUCCAUCAUUGUUUUGUCCAGAUGGAUCGUUUGUCAGCUUCAGUAUUGCAAUUGCUUUCGUCCUGUGUAUAUUCGCAUCAGUCAUCUAUGUGAAAGGCAUAUUAACUGUUGGAUUUGUGUUAACACAACUCUUACUUCUAUUUACUAUGUUUUCCAAUUACAUGCUCUUGUUGAACAGCAUUCUCUCGCCGACAUUAUCGUCUUCGUUGUCAUUCAGUCUAGCCUCCCUAAUGCAACGGCAUUAUAUAUUGGGUUGUCUACUAGUUAUGAGUUCAGUUUUGUUUAUAUCAAUAUGUUCAAUGUUCAAACGUAUACCAGUGCAUAAAUUCAGUGCAGUUAUUAUCCUGUACCUAUUUGUUCUAUGCAUUUUCUCUAUUCCUAUUCUUAUCAACCCACUGUCGUCAACAAUUCAUCAGAAUAAUGAAAACUGUCUAUUGUCGGCAACAAGCUCAUUUAAAUCACUUACUAUACAUACUCCGAACAGUGCUAAAAUAUCUCCAGCAUGGUUAUAUUAUGUGUAUAGUAUGCUCAAAUCAAAUUGUUGUGCAAAAUCAGUAUAUUCUUCUAGCAUAGAUUGUAAUUCACGUUCUAUUUGUCUCCGACAAUCAAGUGUCUAUCCUUUGUCAUCGACAUCAUCAUCGUUAUUAUCGUCGUCGUCGUUAACAGACAGGGAUACUGUUCAUCAAUUGUUCACUAUCGUUUCAGAGUAUACAUGUCAACAUAAAACAUUAUUGAUAGUUUAUUCUUUCAUAUUAUUAUGCAUAUAUAUCAUUCUAUUAGUCUACUGUUUAUAUAUUACAGAAGUUUACAAAUCGUUGAAAACAUCAAUUAGUCAAGAGAUAGAAUUGUGUAGACUUGGCGUUGUAGACUAUCUAGCAUUUCAUUGGGGUCGUUUAAAUAUUGCCCAGAUUCUAAUCUAUUUUUGGUCAUUUAAAAUAAUGUCUGUAGUUAUUUUAGGCCCACUUUACUGGGCUGUUAUACCAGCAGUUAGUUAUAGUGGUAAUUUUGUUAAUUUUUCAGCUAGACCAAUUAACUCUUCCACUCUGAUGGAUUAUUCUAAUCCAGAUACUGGUGAUUAUUCAACAUUUUCUGUCCUAAUUACACGAUUGUAUGUUGGUGUUUUUGUGCAUGGUUCAGAGACAUGGUUAUCUGUAUUCGGUGCAGCUGCAUUUUUCAGUGCCCUGGGAACUAUUUUUGUUUCAUUGUUAGUCUUCUUACUAGAUCCAUCAGGUGAUCGUACGGCACAGUUGGCAGUAGCAGCUGCAGAUGCUCCAGCAGAUCCAAACGGUUGGAAUGUGAUUGAAGAUCCCGCGUUGGCUUUAGAUCAAAAUGAUGUGAUUGCGUUUGAUUUGUUAGCUAGCAAUGGAUGGCAUUGUGCUGCUGUAUUCUUGUUUUUCGCCUUUCAAUCAGAUAUGCCCAAUCUUCAGCCAGUUCAUCGAGCAUCGUGUUGUAUGUACGGCAUUGUAGUGAUCUUGAUCACUUGUAUUCAUCCUGUUCAAGCAUUGGUUAAAUCAUUUCUACUACGUCUUGGUAUACCAGGACAACAGACAAAUUGGUCAGAGCAUAUACGACCAUUGUGUUUUUGGAUUGUUCUGAUAUUUGCUGCUAUCAAUAUUUUCACGAAUUUACCUAAAAUACUGGUAUAUGAAAGGAUUGAGUUUAACAACAGUAUAAAUAAUAAUAAUAGUAAUGUCAAUACACCCUUGAUAACUAUUUCAUCACGUCUUGGUUCAUCAGAGGAAGCAAUCCGUGCCCGACAAUUGCGGAUAUACUUGAUUGGUUGUCAAUUAUUGCUUAGUUUAACAGUUACCUUGAUUGAAUAUUCCGUUUAUCAAUAUUAUCGUCGAUGUCCUGAUUGGCGAGGUUUUCGACCAAUGUUAUUCUGGACAAAAUUGAUCAGUUCUGUAUUAGACUACCUAUUCUCUUUACUCUCCUUCUUAUCGAUAUGUUGGUUAUUGUUCUACGAUUCCAUCGGGAUAUGUCGUCUAUUCAUUAUCUGUUGUUAUCUUUUCUUUGUGCUUUAUCCAUCAGCGCAUAAAGCUUAUUCAUGGAUACGUUGGAAAUUAUUAUUUAAAAAUAAUUUAAAUAAUUUAAGUCAUCCAACUAGUGAAGAUCUUCAAACAUUCGGGGAUAUCUGUCCAAUAUGUUAUACUGAAAUGACAGUGACAACAGCUAAGAUUACGCGUUGUGGCCAUCUGUAUCAUAUAAAUUGUCUUAUUGAAUGGAUGAAACGUCAAUUUUUCUGUCCAAUGUGUCAUGCAGAUUUAUUAUCGAGUAAAGUGACAGACAGACGUAAUUUCAGCGAUCGUCGAAAUGAGGAAUAA